GUACAUUAUUAUUGUAUUUUUUUUAAUUUUUUUUUUUACGAUUUAGCGUUUGUAAAACGAACAGAUAAACAAAUGCCCGUAGCGGAUUUGGACCAUUACAGAAGAGGGUUAGUUAGCCAGUAGUGUGAAGCUGAUGAAUGUCAUUUAGCGUUAGCUGUUAGCCUAUGUGCUAGCAAGCUAGCCAAACAUUAACGCACGGUAGUUAACAUUAUAGAAACUGUCAAACCGUGGAUAGCCUAGAUAAAGCUAUUCAUUUACAGUUGGUUACCACUGGGACUAACGCUACGACGUGGAUCAGUCACUGUUGCUAAACGUGGACAGCUUUAAGUCAACAGUUAUUUCACCUUGUACCUUCUGCCGGUGAAGGCAUAGAGGAUAGUACACAAAAGCCUCCCUAAGGUUGAAACUUAAGGAGCAAGAUGUCAAUCACGAACACUCCCACAAGUAAUGAUGCCUGCCUGAGCAUUGUGCAUAGCCUGAUGUGCCACCGUCAGGGUGGAGAGAGUGAAAGCUUUGCUAAGCGAGCUAUUGAAAGUCUUGUCAAGAAGCUGAAGGAGAAAAAAGAUGAGCUGGAUUCCCUUAUCACAGCCAUUACUACGAAUGGAGCGCAUCCCAGCAAGUGUGUAACCAUACAGCGAACUUUGGAUGGGCGCCUACAGGUUGCGGGACGUAAAGGUUUUCCCCAUGUUGUCUAUGCCAGACUGUGGCGGUGGCCUGAUCUACACAAGAAUGAAUUAAAACAUGUCAAAUAUUGCCAGUAUGCCUUUGACCUGAAAUGUGACAACGUCUGUGUCAACCCAUAUCACUACGAGAGGGUCGUUUCUCCAGGCAUUGACUUAUCAGGACUGACUCUUUCCAAUUCAGGCCCACUGCUGGUGAAAGAUGAGUAUGACCUUGAUAACCAGCAAUCUCACUCCAGCUCUGAAAGCCACUUGCAGACCAUCCAGCAUCCGCCGUCAAGGCCUGGUCCACAGGAAACCUUCAGCAGCCCUGCUCUGCUCCCCCCAUCAGAGGCCAGCAGUUCAGCUUCAACCUCUGCUUUCUCUACUAUCACUGCUGGACCCUCAAAUCCUACACCCAGCUGGAGCAGGAACAGCAGCUUCACCCCCACGGUGCCUCAACACCAGAAUGGGCAUCUACAGCAUCAUCCACCCAUGCCUCACACAGGGCAUUACUGGCCUGUUACUAAUGAAAUUGCAUUUCAGCCCCCCAUAUCCAAUCACCCUGCUCCAGAAUAUUGGUGCUCCAUUGCAUAUUUUGAGAUGGAUGUCCAGGUUGGAGAGACAUUUAAGGUGCCAUCCACAUGUCCAAUUGUGACUGUGGAUGGCUAUGUGGAUCCAUCAGGAGGGGAUCGCUUCUGCCUGGGCCAGCUGAGCAAUGUCCACAGGACAGAGAACAUUGAGAGAGCUAGGCUCCACAUUGGGAAAGGUGUGCAGUUGGAGUGCAAAGGUGAAGGAGAUGUCUGGGUGCGCUGUUUGAGUGAUCAUGCAGUGUUUGUGCAGAGCUAUUACCUGGAUCGAGAGGCUGGACGUGCCCCUGGAGAUGCAGUUCACAAGAUCUACCCCAGUGCUUACAUCAAGGUGUUUGACUUGCGUCAAUGCCACAGGCAGAUGCAGCAGCAGGCAGCAACAGCAGAGGCAGCAGCUGCUGCCCAGGCAGCAGCAGUGGCUGGAAACAUUCCUGGACCUGGCUCUGUGGGAGGCAUCGCCCCUGCCAUCAGUUUGUCUGCUGCUGCGGGCAUUGGGGUGGAUGACCUGCGCAGGCUGUGCAUCCUGCGGAUGAGCUUCGUGAAGGGCUGGGGGCCCGACUACCCAAGACAAAGCAUCAAAGAGACGCCCUGUUGGAUUGAGAUCCAUUUACACCGAGCUCUACAGCUGCUGGAUGAAGUUCUGCACACCAUGCCCAUAGCUGACCCGCAACCUCUUGACUGAUUUAAAAUCAUGAUGUGUAUAGAAAAAAAAAAUUAGACAGUACUUUUAGUAGACCACUCCACCUAUAGGCCUGGGGUGCCAAAGGAGGACUGCAACCAGAGGGAUACUGGGUAGGUUGUAAGAGGUUGUAACAAGGACGUAAUGGCUGGCAGCAUAGUCCAGACGCAGGUCUUUCAAACCAGUCAGUAUACUGAGCGAGACUCCAGGUCUGUUACUUCAGUGACUUCCAAGCAGCAGCUGGAGGAACAUGAGUCACAAUGGGAGGGGUUGUAGCACACUGGAAACAUGCUGCCAAGAGGAUGCACGUAUAAAAGGAAGCAAGUAUUCUGACAUUGUUCCCCAACUGGAGUUGCAUAACAUCAUGAAGUGAACAAGGCUGUCAUUCUCUUUAUACAGGAAUACAAAUGUAUUUAAUAAGCAAUAUUGCUGAACAAAACAAAUGCACCAUCACAAGAGAAUGCAGGGCCUUUAAGAAUUCAAGAUGUUCGGAGCUCCCAUAGCAGAUUUACAAAAUUCUUUUUUGAACUACUUGGAGAGCAAACUCUGAAGCUUCGAGUUGAGCACAAUGUGGCGGUUUGUAUUGGAUACAAACUUUACUCUGUCUGAAUAUAUUAAAUGUGAUUUCAGUUGGAGUAUACUGCCGGUCCAGUCCUCCUUGGUUGGCUCUCCGGUGCUGACAUCAUGUAAGUCGAGUUUUUUUUUUCCUUUUCUCACAGAUCAGGACGUUUAUACAACAUCGUGGUAUUUAAAACUCAUGUUCUUGUAAGAUAUCCAAAAUAUUUUUAAAUGCUGAUGGUCCUUAUUUGAUGUUUUUGUUUUAUAUUCUCCUUUUGAAUAGUUGUUUUUAACCAUGUAAAGAGCAUUUGGAAAAACCCAUUUUAGCAGAUCUCUGCUUCCCUUUUAACUCUGUAAAACCUUCCUGCUCUUCCUCCACCAGUCAAGCCUGUUGUGAGAUUGAGAAGUUAUGUUUUCUACUAAUGGUUUUCAAACCCCAGAGUUCAUUUAAAUCAUAAUGUUUUUUUUUUUUUUUUAAAAUGAGUAUAACAUCUGUGUAAUCUGAUUUCUAUUUGUCAUUUUUUAAUUAGGUGCUCACAUAGUCUCAGCACUAUUAAUUUGCCCAAGUAUUUAGUUUUCUUUCAUGGAGUGGUUACCUGUUGUAUCCAAAUAAUCUGUUAGCAUAGCUGGAACUUUUUUCUUGAUAAUUAUCUAGGUGAGAUCCAUGAAAAACUGGGUUAUGUUGUCUGACCAAAAUCUUUUUUCAGCGUCAAACACUCCAUGACAGCAGGUUUGGAAAGCGUGUUUAGCUCUGUUCUGGCAAAAUGAUGAUUUUGUUGAACAUAUUAGGUUGUGGCGUUGGAGUGGCUCCUUAAAUUGCUACUUAUAACUGUUUAACAUCCAAUUUUCAAACCUACAGGUGGCAAAUCUUUGAUACUAAAAAGAUGCAUGUUGGGUGAAGCGUCAAAAUUUAAGAUGGCUCACCGCCAUCCAUUUUAAUUUGAGUAUUACUUGGAUGACGGUUGCUGUGAUGUGGUGUAAAGGAAGCAAGAAUUGAUCUCUGCGAGGAAGUGUAAGCCAUAUCGAUGCCAAAUAUACCAUAAAAAGAGUGAAAAGGUUAAUAAUGACAACGGUCAUUUCAGUGCUACGUUGCUUGUAAUAGGUUGGUUUUAAUGAUCAACUGAAUGAUUUUAGUUUUUGGUUAACACUAGUCAAAAAUAUUUUAUUUGGAGCUCUGUUCAUCUACAGCUGUUGUUGUUUCCCCCCUACCUUUACAGUAAUGAACCACUGUGGUCAUAAGUGAAGACCAUUAAAAAAAAAAA